AUGGCGGACGAGGCAGAGCGCGCCAAGCCGAAGCCGUUCAAGGUGGAGUACGCCAAGUCGGCGCGCGCGAGCUGCCGGAAGUGCAAAGAGAGCAUCGCCAAGGACGCCUUCCGCAUCGCCAAAGUCGUCGAGUCCAAACAGUUCGACGGCUUCAUGACGGUAAUGCGCUCAUGGCAUUACAGUCAUGCACGCGCCGUUCCGCCUCCCCUGCAUCUCCCUCCAUUCUCACUCUCCGCUCUCAACCUUAUUCCGCUCCCUCUUCUCAAUUUGCAUCUCAUCCUCCCUUUUUCCGUAUUGCGCCUUCUACUUCUCAUUCCGCCCAUGCCUCUCCCAUCCCCCCUUCUCCGCCACCAUGUGCGCGGAGCAGUUGUGGUUCCACGCGAGCUGCAUCUUCAAGGCGCCGGGAUUCAUCACCAAGUCAGUGCCCCCCUGCCCCUCCUGCCACCAAUGCUCCCCUGCUCCCCUGCUCCCAUGCUCGUCUGCUCGUCUGCUCCUAUCCCCUUUACCGCCUCUGUCUCUGCCCCUUCCGCACGGUUCUCCCUAGCACCGUCGCCUCUCAACGCCACGACGUAUCCCCUCCCGUCUCCCCCUGCCAGCGUGGGCGACGUGGAGGGCGCGGACGUGCUGCGCUGGGAGGACCAGCAGGCGCUCCGGGCGUACGCCAAGGGGGAGGGGGGCGCGCAGGGCGCGCAGGGCGCGGGGGGCGAGGGGAAAGCGGAGAAAGCAGGGAAAGCAGGCAAAGGGGGAAAGGGGAAGGCUGCUGCGGCUGCGGGGGCGAAGAGUGACGGGGGGAAGAGCGAAGGGAAAAGCAAGGGGAAAAGGGGGAAGGCAGUGGCGGAUGAUUCAGGUUCGGAGGGGGAAGGAGCAGCGGCGGGGACGGUGGCUGGCUUUCAGGUGGCGUAUGCUGCAAGCAACCGGUCGGCGUGUCGGCACUGCAAUGAGAAGAUCGCCAAGGGCGAGCUGCGAGUGGCGCGCAUGGAGGCGUCGAGUCGCGGCAUGGAGGUGCCGGCAUGGCGCCACGCGGCGUGUGUGGGGGACGAGGGCAUCUGGCCCCAAGGGGCGCGCGUGCAGGCCGUGCAGGGGUGGGGCGAGCUUCAAAAGGAGGAUCAGCAGCGCCUGCUGCAGCUGCUGGGAGGGGGUGCUGAGGGGAAGAGCACGGGGGGAGAGCCCCCCAAGAAGCGGCAGCGAGGGGCGGAGCAGGACGGAGGAGGCGAGGAAGGCAGCAAGCGCAAGGGCAAGGGGAAAGAGGACGCCAAGCCACAGGACGCAGGGAAGGGCGAGGAGGGGAAGAUGAGCUUGGAGCUAGAGCGGGCGUUGGAGCAGCAGGCUCGGCGGGUGUGGGAGGUGAAGGACCAGCUGCGCGCCCACCUGACUGUAGUAGACAUGCGCGCCAUGCUGGAGGCCAAUCAGCAGGAGCCAGGUGGCAGCGAGGAUGCCCUGAGGGAGCGGUGUGCGGACGGCAUGCUGUUUGGCCCCCUGCCGCCCUGCCAGCUGUGCGCGUCCCCCAUGGAGUACUGGGACGGGCGGUACCGCUGCCGCGGGUUCCUCUCCGCUUGGUCUGCUUGCACCUUCUCCACUCGCGACGUGCAGCGCAAGGAAGCUGCCUGGGUGCUUCCUGAUGAGAUUACCAACCCGUUUGUUGAUGUGAGUAGACGGGAGUACCGGGCAGAACAGCAGCGGCGGUUCAAAGCAGCCGACAAGGGCAAGGGCAAGGGGCGGGGCAAGGGGAAAGGCAAGGGGAAGGCGGAGGGGAGCGAGGCGGGGGAGGAGGGGGCGAGUGUGUGGCCGCAGCGGGUGCUGCCCCCAGAGGAGAAGCGCAGCGAGGUGAAGCAGGCGAGCACGGCAGGGGCAGGCAGGAAGGAAGCGAGCCGGGGGAAGGGCGGUAGAGCAGCGAGGGAGGCGCGGGAGGCAGCGAUACCGGAUGGGGGAGUGGAGCGUGAGAAGCCGCUGGAGGGGGUGCAUGUGGCGCUGGUGGGGCGCCUAUCCCGCACCCAGGUGGCGUGGCGCAAGGAGAUUGAGGAGGGUGGUGGUGCUGUGGUGCCGUUGACGAGCGCGGACGUGGACUGCAUUGUGUCUACUGAGGCAGACGUGGAGAAGAAUGAGGACAAGCUCCUGCCGCCCCUCGUCCUGGGAGCGUCGGUGGUCUCAGAGGACUAUCUGCUCGAAUCGCUCGCGCAGAAGCGCCGCCUGCCCAUGCGCGCGUACCUGCUGCCCCUCUCGCUGCAGCUGGUGCAGGACGUGGACGCCAAUCGCCCUGCCGGGAAGCAGAGCAGGGCUGGGGGGAAGGGCAAGGGCAGGGCGGGCGAGGGGGAGGAGCAGGUGCGGGCGACGGUGCGAGUGAAGGGGCGCGCGGCGGUGCAUGAGGCGUCGGGGCUGGCGGAGAGGGGCCACGUGCUGGAGUGCCAGGGGUGCGUGUGGAGCACCACUCUCUCCCUCGCUGACCUCUCCACCGGCGCCAACAGCUACUACAUCCUGCAGGUGAUAGAGGACGACAAGUCAUCCAGGUGCCACGUGUUCCGCAAGUGGGGGCGUGUGGGCAACGAGGCCAUCGGGGGCAGCAAGCUGGAGCAGGAGAGUCGCGAGCAGGCAAUGGGGUUGUUCAAGCGGCUGUUCAAGGAGAAGACAGGCAACGACUGGGAGGCUUGGCAGAAGAAAGAAGGCUUUGAGAAGCAACCGGGGAAGUUCUACCCUCUUGAGAUUGACUAUGGAGGAGGGGACGAGGAGGAGGAGCAGGGCGGGGCCGUGAUGGGCACAAGGAGCAAGCUGGAUGGCCGGCUGGUGGCGCUGCUCAUGAUGAUCUUCGACCUCAAGUCCAUCAGGGAGGCGAUGGUGGAGUUUGAGAUCAACGUGAGGGAGAUGCCGCUGGGCAAGCUCACCAAGCGCCACAUAGAGCGCGGCUUUCAGGUGCUCACGGACGUGCAGGCCGCCCUGCAGCUGCCGCCCGACAGCACGGGGCGGAGGGAGAGCGCCAUCGUGGACGCGUCGAACCGCUUCUUCACUCUCAUCCCCACCGUCAACCCUGCUGCCAUCCGCACACUCGAGGCGCUCACCACCAAGAUUCGCAUGCUGGAAGCACUGAGGGACAUGGAGGUGACGUCCACGCUGCUGAGUGCGAGCAAGGGGGCGGGCGAGGGCGAGGGGGGGGAGAAGGAGGACCCGGUGGACCGCCACUACCGCCAGCUACAGUGCGGCCUGUCGCCCCUGGAGCCCAGCGAUGCUGAUUACUCCCUCGUUAAGGACUACCUGCACAAGACGCAUGCGCCCACUCACAAGGAGUGGGAGUUGGAGCUGCUGGACGUGUUCCGUGUGGAUCGCAGUGGGGAGAAGCAGGCCUUCCGUGCCGACAUCAAGAACCACAUGCUGCUGUGGCACGGAUCACGAGUGACCAACUAUGUGGGCAUCUUGAGUCAGGGCCUGCGCAUCGCACCACCAGAGGCACCAGUUACCGGCUACAUGUUUGGCAAGGGAGUGUAUUUCGCGGACCUGGUGAGCAAGAGCGCGCAGUACUGCUUCACCAGCCCCGACAGCAACAUCGGCCUGCUGCUGCUCUCCCGUGUGGCGCUUGGUGCUCUCUAUGAGCUCACGUCCGCCGAGUAUGUGGAGAAGCUGCCACGGGGAAAGCACGCAACCAAGGGGCUGGGGAUGAUGAAGCCCAAGGAGGCCGAGUUUGUCAAGUGGGCCUCCGAUGUCGUCGUGCCCUGUGGCAAGCCCGUGCCUUCGGGGGUGAAGAACAGCCACCUGCGCUACAAUGAGUUCAUCGUCUACGAUACAUCACAGCUGGCGGCGGUGCUGCAGCAGCUGCUGCUGCCGGACAACGAGUCGCGCAAGGCGGCGGAGGCGGCGUUCAAGCAGCUCUCUAAGGACCCCGCCGUGCUGCUCGCGCUGCUGCACUUCCUCAAGGCGGGCCCCUCGCCCGACGUGCGCCAGCUCGCCGCCGUGCUCAUGCGCAAGAAGGUCGCGGGGCUGUGGGCGCAGCAACCCGCCGAGGCCAAGGCCAGCAUCAAAUCCGCACUCCUCGAGAGCAUCGCGCUCGAGCCCAGCCCUGUCGUGCGCCGCGCCAGUGCUGACGUGGCGAGCGUGAUUGCGAAGCACAGCGUGCCUAACGGCGAGUGGCCGGAGCUGCUGCCGUUCCUGCUGCAGUGCUCGCAGGGGCAGCAGGAGGACCACCGCGAGCUGGCGUUCAUUCUGUUCGCGGCGCUGGUGGAGACGAUCGGCGACGUGCUGCGACCGCACUUCCCCGCGCUACACGGCAUCUUCGUCGCGGGCCUGCGCGACCAGGCCAGCGCGCGAGUGCGCGUCGCCGCGCUCAAGGCCGUGGCGGCGUUGGUGGAGUACCUUGACAGCGAGCAGGACGUGACUCUGAUGCGCGAUCUGGUGGCGCCGAUGCUGGACGUGGGGCGGUUCUCGGCGGGGAGCGGCGACGAGGCGACGGUGGUGCGCGUGUGCGAGGUGGUGACGGAGCUGGCGGAGCACCCCGCGCCCGUCAUCGCGCCCUCGCUGCCCGCCGUCAUCCAGUUCGCGCUCGAACUCGCUAGCAACACGCACCUCGAACCCGCCACGCGCUUCCAGGCAGCGCAGGUGGUGGCGUGGUGCGCGGCGUGGAAGGCCAAGUGGUUGGCGAAGCAGAAGCUGGUGCCCGUCAUCCUCGCCGCCAUGGCGCCGCUGCUCGCCGAGCCCUGUGGCGAGACGGACUCGGAGCAGGACGAGGAGUACGACCUCUCGCCCAUGCGCUUUGCCGCCCAGGCCAUAGACGCGGUGGCGAUGGAGGCGCCGCGCAAGCAUGUGUUCCCGCCUGUGCUGGCGUUCGCCCGCGCACACAUCACGGACACCAACCCCCACAUGCGCUACGCCGCUGUCAUGGCCCUGGCUGUCAUCACCGAGGGGUGCUGUGAGGCAGUGCGCGGGCGGCUGGAGUCAGACGUGCUGCCAUUGGUGGUGGCGGGGCUGGGAGACGCGCAUCCCAAGGUGCGGGGGGCGGCGUGCUUCGCGGUGGGGCAGCUGUCGGAGUUUGUGCAGCCCGAGGCGUCGGAGCACUACAAGAUCAUCCUGCCCGCUGUCUUCGCCGCCCUCAAUGACGCCUCGCCCGUUGUCAGGUUUAGUGUCGGCCUUACCACCCGAGCUUCAGUGCUCUCGGCCCUCCCUCUCUCUUUCCGUCCCUGCCUCCCUAAAUUCUUCCCUCCCUCCAUCUCUCUCCGCCUAUCCCACUCAGAUCCCUGCAAGUUGCCACAUCCCUCCCUCGCUCCCUCCCUUCCACCCCUCCCCCCUCCUCAGGAGAAGGCGUACUACGCGUUAGCAGCGUUCUGCGAGCACAUGGGGGACGAGAUCCUGGAGUUCCUGGACCCGCUCAUGCGCCAACUCAUGGACGCCCUGCGCUCGCCCGACCGCAACCUGCAGGAGAUGUGCAUCGUGAGUUCUAUGAUGUGCAUCGUGAGUUGUAUGAUGUGA